AUGAGCACCAAAGGUACCCGCGGACAGGGUACAAGAGGUCGUGGUAGAGGCCAUAGAGGUGCUCGAGCAGGGUCUUCGUCAUCUGGAAAUCUGCCUAAUUUGGAUACUAGUGAGACAUCGGCUUCACCUAUAGCUAAGACUGGGGACGACGCACUAUUCCAGGCCAUGUUGAGGAUUUUAGAGAGGGUCGUUGGGUCCAAUACUAGAGCUAGAGGCCGUGGGUUGGUUACGAAAAGACUCUGGUCUAACGGAGCUAAGCUUUUCAGGGGUAUUGUUGGAGUUGCCCUUAAUUGGUGGCUCACUGUUAAGGAGGGUACUCAGCCCGAUCGACUAACCUGGGAGUUCUUUAAGACCACUUUCCAGGGGAAGUAUAUGAGGGCUAGUUAUGUCGAUGCCCGCGGGAGGGAGUUCUUAAAUCUGACUCAGGAAGAUAGAUCGGUGGCCGAGUGUAAGGCCAAAUUUUUGAGAUUGAGCCGCUAUGCGCGAGGUAUGGUGGCGACUGAGUACGAUCGAUGUGUUCGCAUCGAGGAUGGCCUCAAGGAUUAUCUGAGGGUUUUGGUAGGUCCACAGAAGGAGCAAGACUUUUCAGCACUGUUGGAUAAGACAAAGAUCGCCGAAGAAGUGAAGUGCGCUGAGCGCCAGAACCGAGAGAGAGAGCACCGUAUUAGAGAGCAUCCGUGGAGGUCCAGUCAGAUGCAAGCUUCAGAUACUGGUUCUGCACCACCACCGAGAGAUGGAGAUGCUCUAGACGUUAUCACGGCUACGUUAUUUAUUUAUAAUGUACCUUAUACUACACUGAUAGAUAUAGGAUCCACUCACUCCUAUAUAACUUGUACUAUGUCCGAGAACUUGGGCACCUUGGUUGGAAGUACUGUGGCUGAUGUGACUAUACUGAGUCCACUAAGACAAUCAAUAAGGGUAAAUAAGUUGUCUAAAGACGUUCCUCUGAAGGUUCAAUGGGCUAUUUUCCUGGCUGAUCUGAUGGAACUGCCUUUUGAUGAGUUUGAUCUGAUACUGGGAAUGGACUGGGCAGAAAAGUUGGUUUGUAAGGGAUGUGAGGCGUAUCUGGCCUACGCUAGUGUUUCAGAUUCUAGGGAUUCUUCAGUUAAGGAUAUCAGGACGGUUAAGGACUUUUCGGAUGUUUUUCCUGAAGAGCUACUUAGGUUACCUCCGAAUUGUGAAGUAGAGUUCAGGAUUCAGUUCCUUCCUAGUACAGUUCUGGUUAAGGAGACUGAUGUAUACAAGACAGUAUUUAGGACUCGAUACGGUCAUUACGAGUUCCUAGUGAUACCAUUUGGACUAACGAAUGCACAAGCAGCUUUCAUGGAUCUGAUGAACCGAGUGUUCCAGCCCUAUCUGGAUCGGUUCAUGGUGGUAUUUAUUGACAACAUAUUGGUGUACUGGAAGACUAAGGAUGAGCACGAUGAACACCUCAGAGUGGGGAUUAGGGUCGAUCCUCAAAAGAUUGAGGCGGUGUUGGACUGGAAACAGCCUAAGACUGUAUCUGAGAUUCGUAGUUUUCUAGGACUGACUGAUGCGCAGCAAGAGAGCUUUGAGAAGCUCAAAACUGUAUUGAUUGAGGCCCCUAUUUUGAUACAUCCAGAGUCUGGAAAAGAGUUUACUGUUUAUAGCGAUGCAUCACAUGUCGGUUUGGGAUGUGUGUUGAUACAAGAGGGUAAGGUGGUAGCGUAUGCGUCUUGUCAGCUUAAGACUCAUGAGGAGAAUUAUCCGACGUAUGACCUAGAUUUGGCCGCAGUGGUGUUCGCAUUGAAAAUCUGGAGGCAUUACCUAUAUGGUGAAAUGUGUAUCAUUUACACGGAUCACAAGAGCCUCAAGUAUCUAGAAGGAGUUAAAUCUUAG